AUGUCGUCUUCAGACAACGGCGAUCUGCCUAAUAAGGCGACGGUGGAGGAGCUCGAGAAGGGGAGCUCGGUGCAUGUCAGUUCCACAGACAAAAAUCUGACGCGUAAAAUCCUAUGGAAAUUAGACACAAGGAUUUUGCCCAUCCUCGCCGUUCUGUUCCUGUGCUCGUUCCUGGAUAGGACCAACGUGGGAAAUGCGAAGCUCUACAACCUUGAAAUAGACCUUGGUAUAACGGACCACCAGUAUGACCAGGGUCUUGCCGUCUUCUAUGCGACCUAUAUUCUGAGCGAGAUUCCGAGUAAUUUGAUCCUCAAGAAGCUAACGCCUCAGAUAUGGUUACCAUGCCUGACCUUCUUUUGGGGCGUGUCCGCCAUGUGUCUUGGAUUUGUUCAGAAUUUCGCCGGCUUCGUGGGUGUUCGUGCACUACUUGGGCUGACGGAAGGCGGUUUGCUGCCAGGAAUAGUCCUUUACUUGUCUACCGUCUAUACGCGAGGUGAACUCGCCUUGCGUAUUGGUAUCUUUUAUACGGCCGCGUCUUUAUCGGGCGCUUUUGGAGGACUUCUGGCUCGCGGAAUAGCUGAGAUAGGUACUCGAGGCGGUCUUAAUAAGUGGAGAUGGAUUUUCGUGCUUGAGGGUUUGUUCACUGCCUUGGUCGGAAUUGCCGCGUAUUUCAUCCUCCCUAACGGUGUUGGAUCGGCGAAAUUCCUCAGCCCAGAGGAGCGUCAAUUCGCCGUCGGUCGUCUCAAUGCUGCCAGCCAAGGUGAUGGCGGCAACCGCGAAAGGGAGGCUACUGAGAAGUUCACCUGGUCUGAAGUAGGUCGCGGCGUCUUCAGCUUGCAGACCUGGUUCACAGCUGCUGCAUACUUCGGGAUCCUCAGUGGACUUUAUAGCUUUGGACUCUUCCUUCCGACAAUCAUUACGGGUUUGGGAUAUACGGCGGACGAAGCUCAACUAUGGUCUGUCAUUCCCUACGCGGUAGCCUCCGUGGUCACAGUGAUAACUGCGUUCCUUUCCGACCGUUUCCGCGUUAGAGGAUUGGUCAUGCUCUUUUCGUUGCCGCUCGCCAUCAUAGGGUAUGGUGUGAUUGCAAACGUCGACAAUGUUAAAGUCAAGUACGGCAUGACGUUUCUCAUGGCUACUGGUUUAUACAGUAGUGUGCCGCCUGUCCUCGGUUGGCUCUCAAACAAUUCGGCUGGCCACUAUAAGCGAGCGACGACGAGUGCCCUACAGCUUGCUAUCGCGAACUGUGGUGGAUUUGUCGCCGUGUUCAUAUAUCCGAAGGCCCAAGGACCGGCAUAUCGUGAAGGCCAUACCAUCAUUCUAGGAGUAUUGUGCGCUGGAUGGUUUUUGAUCCUCUGUAACGUGUUGUACUGCUGGAAGAUCAACCGAGAUAAGGCGAAUGGCAAAUACGAUAAAUACCGCGGCUUCGGUGAUGAUCGUGAUCCUACAUUCAAGCUAGUGUUAUAA